AGCCAAGAUCCAAUAUUUUGAAAAAUGGAGGUGUUACACGGGUGUGAACUUGGAACUGUACUUUCUUAAAAAUGUCUUAAGAAUGUUUCAACAAUAGGCUUUUUCAAUAGUUCUUGAGAAGGUCUAUAUUUCCCGGUCUCGUUUUAAGGAUUGCUUUGGGAAUCAGCGGCGAGUAGCGGAGAACCUCUGCCCGCCAAGCUACGCGUUCGUGUUCACGUUUAGCUCGGCUACGACGAGAUUCGCAUUGUCGGCAGAGGCGAUGAUCACAAAAUCUUACUUCCAGACUCGCCGCUACGAUUUAGCGUCAUGAGUUUGAUAUUUUCUAUAACCGUAGGGUUUUGCAUCUCCCUAUUCCUUCUCUGAAUUGUAGCCACCCGUAGCCAUCCUACAUAUGCUCUGCUCCGAAGCGAAGCGCUAGAGUUGUGUAAGGCCUCGAAUGAAUCUAUCCCCACCAGCGCGCAAGUCUUUACAUUAUGUCCGACGAUAUCCGAGCUAAGCGACGGACGUCUGAUUAUCUGAGAAGUAACGAUUAAAAUGACUUUCCAUUAGCCAGAAUACAUUUAUGUAAUGGAAAACGAAAUUGCAAUUAUCGUUUCCUCUUACUAAACGAGAAGGCAUGGGCGACUGGGCGCUCCUGCCUUUAGACGCUUGAUCCUUCCUGAUCCUGGAUUUAUGCCGGCUGUUACUUUCUCCUAUGUGAACUGACAAUUCGAGAGUUCUUAUUAACGAUUGACAAUGCUAGUUUCAAUGGUGUAGAAAUUCCAAGAGGAAAGUAUGCGUCAGCGUGGGAGUCUCAUGAAAUCUCAAGUGGGUGUGUGGCACAGUUGACUGUCAGCUGUCAGAUUCAUUCCAGUAUUCCAGUGUGUGGCAGGAUCAUAUUUAGGAGGUUCCCCAUUGUUGCUGAGAUAUAAUCCUUUAUGUGUCACUGGAGAGAAUCUGUGUAUUCUUUAUGUUGAAGUGGAUUUUAAAUCAUUUACCAAUGAUCUAGAUGGUGGACACCAAAAAUUAAAGAAAAAAAGAAUCAUUUAUGAUUAUUCCCUUUUAAAUGAGUGGAACUUAAAUUUAAACAACUUGGAAAAAUGCAUUUUUCCAUUCCUGAUACACAAGAAUUCAUCGAAACUACUGGCAAUGCAUAUCUGGGAUAUAAUGUACAUAUCAAUGGGCUGUAUCAUUGUACUGUUCGAUAUAAGCAGCUACACAAUUUACAUAAACAAUUGAUGAAGGAUUUGGAUGUACCUUUACCACCAUUUCCUCCAAAAAAAUUGUUUCCUCUUACAAUAACUCAACAGGAAGAGAGGAGAUUUUCAUUAGAGAAAUAUAUUCAAACGAUUGGACAAAACUCGUCCAUUAAUAACUGUGAAUUAUUAAAUGGUUUUUUGCUCAAUGCGCAACUAGAGACUGCUGGUGAAUCAACUGAAAAUCAAAGCUUAGAUGUGUACCUCAUGAAUGACUGUAAAAUCAUACUGAGUGUCUCAGCUGGUGAAAAUUCUGGUCAAGUUUUAAGGAAACUUUGUCGACAUAUCAAACUACCAGAUCAAUAUGUUUCUUACUUCUCACUGUUUAUCAUGUGCCAUGAGGACGAUGGUACCGUUAACAUUGUACGCAAAUUACAAGACUUUGAAUCUCCUAUAAUAACACAAAAGAACUUGCAUGCCACAGGAAUGAGAGUGGUUCUAGGAAAAAGUUACUGGGAUCCUGGGUACGAUUUAGAAUUGAUGAAUGAUCCUGUAGCAAUAAAUUUACUGCAAAUGCAGGCGGCUGCUGAAAUUAAUAGAGGCUGGAUACCAAUAUCAAGUGAAAUGCGUGAUCGUCUGAACCAUUUACAAGACAAUGGCGACAAAGCACAGUAUUUGGAUAUUGCACAGUCACUUAAAUAUUAUGGGUACGUUCAAUUCGCACCAUGCUACUGCGAUUAUCCCCAGCCAGGUUGCCGCGUUUUGGUGGCCAUGGGAAAGCAUGAAUUGAAUUUACGAAUUUUAGAAACAAAUGACAAAGAGUCUGAGACUACUUUCAAGAUUACCCGUAUGCACUGCUGGCGCAUCACAACUUUGCACAAUGGUGCAGAUAAGAUAGAAGAUAAUAGUGAUUGCAGUUUGGAAUUGUCUUUCGAAUACCUCAUGGCCAGAAAUCAAUUGCAAUGGAUCACUAUAACUUCGGAGCAAGCCAUCCUAAUGUCAGUUUGCCUACAAGCAAUGAUCGAUGAGUUGUUAAUAAAGAAUGUAGGAGGAAGUAAAAGCCAGGAGGUGUCUGGAAAAACAUGGACUUACAUCAUGAGAGACGGUGUCAGUACAAUUGUCAUGGGAUCUUCCUCUAUGGACAACUUGAGUGCGAUACAGGAUGAUGAGGAUAUCAAUAGUUCCGGCAAGCCAGAGCCAAUAAUGAGAAAGUUAACGGAAAGGCUGUCAUCCAUCACGACGAAAAAAUCGGCAGACGUUAAGAGGACUGUUGUCAAGAUAGACAGGAAAAAGACUAAUUGUGAUACUAUGGAGAACAAUGCCUUUCAUAUGAUAGGUGACGAUGACCUUUAAAGUAGGUUAUCAGAUUCUCUAGACCCUUUUUUAUUUCUAAGGGAAAAGUACUUCAAGCACAAAUUAAUUUCUCAACAGCACAGUACAUCGUCAAAGAUACCAGAACAUAUCAGAAUUUCAGGGAAACCUAUCGAUCCAAAAAUGAUCUAAUUCUAGAAACCUCGAAGACCAAUAUUCUUACUGGUAUCUCAAUGAUUCUUCUAAACAUUCAAAAUUAUUGCAAAAAUAUUCACUAAUCAUUUCUAAUCAAAGCUAUAAAGCCUGCCACAUAACUUUAACAUUCCAAAAACGAUAUCCCAUAUACUCGUUUCACUUCAUAAUCCUAUUGCAAUUUAAUUCUAUGUAAUCUGUGCCAAAAGUACUCAACUUCACCUCGACCAGAAAGUCAAGCUACCCGUCCAAGAAAAAUUCACUGCACAUUGCGUCCUACUGAGAACAAGUCUCCGUUCGUUUGGCCAAUGGCGACGCGAUCCAACACAAAAAGCACAAAGUAAUCAGCAAGAUUAGAACUAGAAGAUAAAGAAGCAAGUCGCCAUUAGCUAUUAUUAUUAUUAUAGGAUAUAGCGUUACAGUCAUAUUCCGUACGAAAGUUCACAGCAUCAUUUGAAGAUCUUUUAGAAAGCGAAUUAGACAUAUCAAUUUUUUUUAUUUAUUCACUUGGACCUUACGAUCCAAAUGACACUUCAAUGAUGCUGCGUACACUGUACUAUCUAUGAUUAUUUGGUGCACGCACAGUGGAAAUAUAAGAACAAGAGCGUGCAAUUUGUAUAUUUUACCAUAUAAUAUUGUACGAAAACAAGGGACAAGUUUAACUUUUAAAUAUUAUCCUCAUCGGAUGAUGGGAUUGACUAAGAAAAAAUACUCUCAAUUAAAAUUGUUAUUGUUACAAUGAUUCCACAAGGAAAUACUUUAACAAUUAACAACAAAGAAAUACUCAUUAAGCAGCUUAAGCAUUUCUUAAAUAUAUUAUUCGGUGCUAAUGAAUGAACUUGGUUGGCCAUAAAAAUAAUUCCAAGUGUCAAAAUAAUUAUGAAGGAAAAAAUGUUAAUUGCCAACUUCGCACUAAGCCGUUAAACUUAAACGGAUUAAGGUAUAAGUUUAUUAUUAUUAAAAAUAAUGUAAGAGGUACGUUAAUUAGUAAAGAUCACAAGGAAGAUGGCUUCAUCAAAACAAAUAUUUUUAUAAUAAAGUAAGAAGAAGAAGAAGAAUGAUUGUAUGAACGUACGUAAGAUACAAAGCCAGGUUUUAUUAGUGAAAAAAUAAAAAUCGUAUCUCCACUAA